GAGUUGAAUCGCUUGCAUUUGGCGAAUUCAGUGUGACUCGUGUCUUCAAAGUGUUUUGUCACGCCAAAGCAUUUGAUCGCGUAAAUUUCAUUUCGUGAAAUUCGAAAAGCCUAACGGUCAGAACAGACAAAAAGUGAUUGUGAGAAAAAUUAGCUGUGAUCACCACGCACACACACAAACACACAUACAACGGCAUCACAUUGAAGGCGCUAAGAAGGAAAGGAUUUGAGAGCAUCUGUGUGUAAUCGCCCAAGCAACAUUUGAAGGAGUCGUAUUCGCUGCCACACACAUUCAAUAAUGCUUACAAGAAUCAAUUAUUUGCUAGUCAGCUGCUUAGUGACCAUAAGCACGGCAAUACGUGUCGAUUGGAAUACCAACACUGGUCCCAUAAUUCCACCAACACCUCGCACCACUGUAAGGCCGCUACCGCCAUUCCGGGAACCAGCGCCGGUAUGGGAAGAUCUUAGUAAUGAUAUACCCAAUCCCAAUCCGUAUAUUUACGUACUGCCGCCACCGUCUCGUCCCAAGCAACCGCUCAAUAACAAUGUGAAUACCAAUAAAUAUGGUACCCUUAUAACGCCCCAAAAUUCCCCGGCAUACUAUCAGUCACAAAACAAUUCGCCACAACAGGUCGCUGGUUUGGCGCCGCAAUACGUUCCCAAUGUAGGUACGCGGUAUGUGGCUGUGGUGCCAAAGGCCACCAAGUACCCGGCUCCAGCGAACACACUUUCACCAACUGUUGACACAUUGGCAGCCAAUGGCUACAAGGUUCAAGGCAAAUACAAUGCGAAGACGAAAAAAUACAAGGCCUACGAAAAUGUCAAAUAUGUGCCACUUAAUUAUUACAAAGUGUUAGAGGACACAGCCAGCCAGCGUGAGGGUGAAAAUGAAGCCACCUCCAAACGCAGUGUGCCUGAGGAAAUUCCUGUAUGGGCCCCCUUUGAUGAACAGGAAUUGCCCAACGAGGGGAAUGUCUUCAUAUUCGAUCGCCUGUUGAAAUGGAACAUUGACAAUGGCGAUUCGUCCAGCAUAACUUCCAGCACCACAACCACUGUUGAAACUCCCACAUCAUCCUAUAGGACAUCCACCAAAUCCUCCACAAAGACAUCCUUCAAGUUCUACACCAAGCACAUCUAUGCCAAGGACACCAAGAGCAAGACCAAGGAGAAGUCCAACAAAAAGAGUUGAAUGGCCCACCAGUGUGAACAUGUUUUAGUCUUACCAUCAGAGUUCCAUUUGUUUUUCUUUUGUAUUUUUCUGUUAUCAACUCCAUACCCUGUUCCCGUCUUUGCGAAUGCCAACAUUUAGGUUUUGAUUGUGACCUUUGGGCUUUUUCUCUGCUAACCACAGAAAAAGGCACAGACCACACAAUACCCCAGAGAGCCCAUUAAAUUGUUAUUUGUUGUAUAAAUCGCAAUCACCCAGCCAGACAGACACCACACACACACACACACACACACAUACAGUUUGCCAUAUCUAGUUUGGUAAAUGCGAAAAAGCAGCAAGAAAAUAAAAAAUUGUAAGUAGUAUUAAACAACCCCAUACAGUACCUAGGACCAGCAACCAAAUUUGUACACAGGAUCUUAAGAGUGUUGUAUUAUAGAGCUCGUGUUUUUUUUUAUAUAACAGACAAGUUAAUUGUAAAAAAAU